AUGGGGGCACAGGCUUCGAAAGGUGCAGCAAAAGAUGAAGCUGCCUCUGCGGUAGUGGAGAAGCCCGGGGAGGCAGCCGUGGUCGCAGCCAAAGCCAAUGGACAGGAGAACGGACACGCCAAAACCAACGGAGACGCCUCCCCCACCGCCGAGGCCAAGGACGUGCAGGCCAAUGGCAGCACCCCCACUGAGGAGGCCCCCAAGGAGAACGGGGAGAAGGCCGACGGUGCGGAAGGGGAUGAGGUCACCAAGGAGCCAGCCGCCGCCAACGGGGACGGGGCCAAGCCGGAGGAAGGGGCCGCGAGCACCAGCGACGACAAGCAGAAGAAGAAACGCUUCUCCUUCAAGAAACCCUCCUUCAAGCUGAGCGGCUUCUCCUUCAAGAAAACCAAGAAGGAGUCCGAGUCUGAGGAAACCGCAGAGGAGGGCGCCACCGCUGCCACCGCCGAGGGGGAGAAGCCCGCCGAGGAGGCCCCAGCAGAGGAGAGCAAACCUGCCGAAGAGCCCGCCGCAGAGCCCCAGGCCGAGGAACCCAAAGCAGAGGAGGCGAAGGCCGAGGAGCCAGCACCCGCCGAGAAGACCCCCGAGCCCACCCCAGCCGAGACGGAGACGGCAGCCAGCCCAGAGACCCCGGCCACGGCCACCGAGUAA